AUGCUCCUGUUGCUGCUUCUGACGCUGCUGGCCUUUCUGGUAGUGGCGCUCGCCUGGCUCCGGCGGCCGCGCCGUCCGUCCCACUGUCCCCCAGGUCCACCCACGGUGUGGUUGCUGGGUAACCUGCGGGAGCUGAUGCGGAUGAACCGUCCCGGCGGCUCGGUGAGCAGCGAGCUGCGCCUGCUGGGCGGCAGGUUCGGGCCCGUCUUCAGCCUGGUGCACCCGUCCGGCCGGCUGAUCGUCGUCGUGAGAGACGCCGACCUGGUGAAGGCGGCCGCCGCGCAGACGGCGCUCUCCGGCCGGCCGGCCACCUUCUGCCUGCGCUACCGCAGCUUCCACCAGAACCUGGGUCUGCUGUUCAGUGAGGGUGACGUCUCCACGUACAACCGGCGCUUCGUGAUGCGCGUUCUUCGGGAGCUGGGCUGCACCAAACGCAGCAUGGAGACCCAUAUCUCUCGGGAGUAUCAGGAGCUGGCCCAGCAGCUGACGUCAUCCGGGGGGAAGGACGUGAACGUGGACGGUCUGUUCAUGCUACCGGCCUUCAACGUCAUCUGGCGACUGAUUGCUGGGCGCAGGUACCGGUUGCAGGACGCUCGCAUGCAGCGCAUGUUCGGCCUGGUGCGCGAGUUCGUGCAGCGCUGUGGCCCGCUGUGUCCCGUCAACUUGGCGCCGUGGCUGCGCUUCGUCAGCCCGCGCUGGUCGGGAUUCGCCGCCGUGCGCGACCAUCGCGACGCACUGAUGACGCUCUUUGACGAGCUGCUGGAUGAGCACCGCGUCAAGGUGGCCGGCGGAGGGGAGGGCAGCGACGCCGACCUCGUCACGCGCUACCUGGCCGAGCACGAGGGCGACCGGGCCGCCGAGCUGAACCUGGUGUUCAUCCUGAUGGACCUGUUCAUCGCCGGCUCGGAGACGACGGCCAGCUCGCUAUCGUGGGCGCUGCUGUUCAUGGUGCGGGAGCCGGAGGUGCAGCGCAGGGUACAGCGCGAGCUGGACGCCGUCGUGGGGCGUCACCGCCUGCCGUCGCUGGAGCACCAAGCCAGCCUGCCGUACACGGAGGCGACACUGAACGAGGUAGCUCGUCUCGCCACAGUCACACCCGUGGCUCUCGCCCACAACGCGUCCUUCACCGAAACCAGCAUUGCCGGCUACCGAGUGCCGCUGGGCUCGAUGGUGCUAUUCGACCUGCACCACAUCCACACUGACCCGGCUUACUGGAAGGACCCGGAGACCUUCCGGCCAGAGAGGUUUCUGACGCCCAGUGGCCAGCUGAGGAAGGAAGAUCACCUGCUGCCCUUCGGCACCGGAAAGAGGCAGUGUAUUGGCGAGCCGGUGGCCAGGAUGGAGCUAUUCCUGUUCUUCAGCCGGCUGCUGCAUCAGUUUCAACUGGAGCCGACCGCCGACGGACCGCCCGCGGCCGUGGCCGGUCACAGUGCCGGUAUCCUGGUACCGCCGCCCUUCGCAGUCAGGGUCACCGAGCGACCUGGCCUCUGGUCCAGGUGACCGGUCACCGAGCGACCUGACCUCUGGUCUAGGUGACCGGUCACCGAGCGACCUGUUCUCUGGUCCAGGUGACCGGUCACCGAACGACCCGAACUCCGGUCACCGAGCGGCCCGACCCCUGGUCUAGAUGAUCGGUCACCAUCACCAAGCUACCCGACUGUUCAGCGAGUGGUCAGACGGGUCACCCAGUGAAGCCGAUGUUUAGGGCCCUGGGGCUACACGGCAAGCUUAGCCCCACAGGCUCAACCAACAAUCCACUAACCAUGGCGUGUCAUCCAGAGGGUUUGACAUUUUGAAUGGCGCUCUACUCAUGACCACACCCCGGGGGUCAUCUACCUGAUUUACGUCCCAUGGCGGUUAUUUAGUUGUGACUGUGUGUAUAAUUGUAAUUGUAUGUGCUUGUUUGAGAGAAGCACCUGUCCGUCUCGGUCGGAAAGGCACAAGGCUAAAACAAAUAUUUUCCCAGAGUGCCAAAAGUUCCCGAAGUGAUGAUCGGAGCUGCUGAAGCGUUGAGAUGUAUUGAUCAGUACCUAAAUCAUAUGUAUGUUGCAGGCACUUUAGAAAAUCAGUCAUUUUGUAAAAUGCCUAGGCAUUUUACAAAAAGACGGCUGUUUGAAAAAUGACUGAACGCAACCAGGCUUUUUUCAAAAUGGCUAGCCAUUUUACAAAAUGACUAGGCAUUUUGCAAAAUGCCUGACCAGCAUGGAACGUCCCACUACAGAUACUAUGGCCAACAGUUUUUGGACGUCUUCCUAUACCCAUAUAGGUACGUGUUCAGCCUGUAGCUGAUCGAUUUGAAGCUCUGUGAUGACGAUAAUGCUGAGUAACGACCAGGUUGAGUUGCAGACUCGGCUGUGGCAUAAAGCAUUGUUUAGUUAACGCUGUAAAAACUCCCAAGUACAUCAACGCCGUUCAUGUUCUGCCUGAAACUAGACCUAACAAAACCAGCCGGAGACCGGCCCUAGUCAAUAGGCAGGCCCGGUUGAUGUAGGUACAAUUACAUGUAAACGAAUGAGUGUAGUCUUUGUUUGAUUGUGUCUUUGUUUGACAGCUUUGAGUACCUACUUGCAUGGUCCCAGCUAAAAAUAUCAAGCUCCACAUCGGGAGAAUCAUCAGGUCGCUUGGCGUAGGACGAGAGCGUUGGUUUCAGAAGACAGUAACGCCUAAGUGUGUGGGAUCGAAUCCUCGCGACCUCUAAUGGUUUUACAGAUACAGGCCGGCAUAGGGCCAGUCGUUUGUUGACGCUCCAGAUCGAUCAUUUUAAAUUCAGCAGCGUCGCUGACGUGGGGGUUGGAAAUGUCGCGGGCCUGCACUUCUCAAAAUAGAGAGAGGUAGGUAUGGACUUCCCACUGCUAAACUCCUCUGGUCAUAAUGCUGGACUCCUCGGUUCACCUACACGCUACCAAAACGUAUAUAAUUAGGUAGGUACUCGUAUCUACAACACGCUGCUCAGUCAUUUUGUAAAAUGGCUAGGUAUUUUGUAAAAUCCUAGGCAUUUUGCAAAAUGACUGGAGAGUCAGUCAUUUUGUAAAAUGCCUAGGCUUUUUGCAAAAAACCUGGAAAAUCAGGCAUUUCUAAAGUGCCUGCAACAUGUAUACCCAGUCGUACGGAAAACAUUGCUCUCGUCUGUUACCGUUUCGCCUAUUGACGCACGAGGUGCAGAUGUUUACGUGGCCAUACAAACGAUGGAAAUGUGCGACUCACUCUAUCGAUGCAUGCCUUUGUCGUGUUAGAUUAGAUUAGAAGUUUGGUAGCAAAUAGCUCGAUUUUAUAUAAACCAAAAGCAUGGUGCUA